AUGGCCCCCCAGGGCUCCCCGGCCCCGCUGGAAUUCGGGGGACCCCUGGGCGCCGCGGCGCUGAUGCUGCUGCUCCCGGCCACCAUGUUCCACCUGCUGCUGGCGGCCCGCUCCGGGCCGGCGCGCCUGCUGGGCCUGCCCGCGCCCCCGCCGGCCGGCGCGCUGUGGAGCCCGGCGGCGCCGCUGCUGUGGCUCUCCUGGCUCGGCCUGCAGGCGGCCUUCUACCUGCUGCCGGCGCGCAAGGUGGCCGAGGGCCAGGAAUUGAAGGACAAGAGCCGCCUGCGCUACCCCAUUAACGGCUUCCAGGCGCUGGUGCUGACAGCCCUGUUGGUGGGCCUGGGGGUGUGUGCCGGGCUGCCCCUGGGCAUGCUCACGGACAUGCUCCUGCCCUUGGCGGCGGUGGCCACCCUCGCCGCCUUCCUCUUCAGCCUCCUCCUGUACCUGAAGGCGCUGCUGGCCCCGGCCUCCGCCCUGGCACCUGGCGGGAACUCAGGCAACCCCAUUUACGACUUCUUCUUGGGACGGGAGCUCAACCCGCGCAUCGGCCCCUUGGACUGCAAAUACUUCUGCGAGCUGCGGCCCGGCCUCAUCGGCUGGGUCCUCAUCAACCUGGCUCUGCUGGUACAGGAAGCAGAACUCCGGGGGAGCCCCUCCCUGGCCAUGUGGCUGGUCAAUGGCUUCCAGUUACUCUAUGUGGGCGAUGCCCUCUGGCACGAGGAAGCGAUACUCACCACCAUGGACAUAACACACGACGGGUUUGGUUUCAUGCUGGCCUUUGGGGACCUCGCCUGGGUACCCUUCACCUACAGUCUGCAGGCCCAGUUCCUGCUGUACCACCCACAGCCCCUGGAGCUGCCCAUGGCCUCAGUCAUCUGCCUUGUCAAUGCUGUCGGUUACUACAUCUUCCGUGGAGCCAAUUCCCAGAAAAACACCUUCCGGAAGAAUCCUUCUGACCCCCGAGUGGCCGGCCUUGAGACCAUCUCCACAGCCACGGGGAAGCAGCUCUUAGUGUCUGGGUGGUGGGGUAUGGUCCGCCAUCCCAACUAUCUCGGAGACCUCAUCAUGGCUCUGGCCUGGUCGCUGCCCUGCGGCGUGUCCCACCUGCUGCCCUACUUCUACCUCCUCUACUUCACGGCGCUGCUGGUGCACCGGGAGGCCCGGGACGAGCAGCAGUGCCUGCGGAAGUACGGCCUGGCCUGGCGUGAAUACUGCCGGCGUGUGCCCUACCGAAUCGUGCCCUACGUCUACUGA